CACCUCUGCUUUCAGGUGGCGCUCAUGUCGUUUUCAGAAUAAAAAGGAGGGUUUCCAAUCUCUGGAGUUUUGACUGACUUGGCAUUUUCCGUGGGCGGAGUUACUUUCAAAUUCAGCUGCUGUAGCAAUUAAACGAACUUCGAAAUUAUCCUUAAACUUGGCACUUAGCAAUAGUUUGUUUUUACAACGCCUUUUUUUUAUAAACUGCAUUUCAACGUAGUUUUUCUGUUUUUGUCUACACACACGAAGAAGCAACCCAAGUUACUUUGAAAAAGUCUUACAAGUUCUAACGUGAAGAAAAAUGACUGACAAUACCCGAAGAACUCCUCUGCACGACCAGUUUCUGAAAUCAGAUGCCUAUCGAAGCCCAAAUCGCAUUCUCCAAACAAAGUAUGCAGAGUCGUUCAGUCAUUUUCUGGAACAAGUGCAAUACCACACUCCCAUGAAAGCAGAGCCAAAUAAAGAAAAUAUUGGUUCAAGUCCUAUGCAGUGGAACUCCCCUUCAAUGACUCCACCACCAUCUUUUACAUCUAUAAAGACACCAAUAAAAAAUAACCAGAAGAAUCCCUUUGAUGCAAACCUGACGGAGCAUCUGCACCUUGAAACAUUUUCACCUUCUGUUUUUUCACGUGUCCUCAGCCCAUCAGAAGACCAAGAUUCCAAUUGGCAAAUUGAACAUGUUGCUCUUCUUAACCCAACUGAUUUCUCCCCAAAUUUUAACAACCAUUUGACCGAUCCUAAAACUGAAGCAGAAGCUCAAGAGAAAAUUUUGCAGUUUUUCAGUCAGAAACAAAUUGCACCUUCUCCAUGGAGCCAUCCUCGUACCAGAGUUCUUGCUAGAUCUAAGAACAAAACACCUGGAGAAAUUUCACCAUCCCAAGCUACCUGCAAAAAUGUAUGGACUCAAACUAGCUUGUCAUUUCCUCCUGUCCUACCACUAGAAGUUGAAGAAAUACUCAAUCAGUACAUGAAUGAUCCCGAGGACCAUGCUGCUGCUCAGUCAUCAACCUCAUCUAACAGUGAAUGCGAAGAUUCCAGCCUUAACGCUUCAAGCCUUAGGCGAAAGCUCUUUUCUCAGAUGAAUACCACACCACAAGCUGAAGAUGCAGCAAGGAGUCGCGAGCAGUCUUCGAGCCCGAUUUUAACUACUGGUCCUCAUAGUUCACGCUUUUCUUUCAGUCCUUCCUCCCAUCCGGUUUCACCACCUAUUCUAUCACCUAUAAAUUCGCAUCUCGAAGAAAGUGCUGCUAUGGAUGAAGCGACAAGCCAGAACUGGGGAACCAUUGAUUCACGGCCAUCUAGUUUUCCUGACAGAACAGUUCUAAUGGAAACGUAUGAAGCUGUUUACUUUGGUGGUUCUCCAAAUGUGAUCAAAUCUCGGGAUCCGAACUUCAUUGAUGAAAUCAAACCCGAGACGCUGCAUUUUGGUGCUGACAAAGUGGGCCAGCCAAAAGAAUGUUCCACACCCACAAAAAUCCUCUUUUAAUCAUUUUUUUUCAACAGCCUGAUAAACAAAUUGUAUGUCUGAUAUUUCAACUAAAUGUGAUUCUUUUAUUAACAUGAUUUUAAGAAUUUUGUGCCAAAUCAGUUACUCUUGUGAUUUAGGUAAUAAAAUGAUGAAAUUUAAUAAACUGCUCAGGAAUCAUA